ACCUCAUUACAGUCGGGUCCAAGUGACUCUUUCCGGAUCAAUUCAGUAACACGGGUCUUAGGGAUUUACGAUACGAUAAUACGAAAUUCUUCGAAGCGAGUUGUGGAACGCCCAAUUGAUCUUGAUCUUUUCAUCUGAUACUUCUGAAGACUCUUUGCUUUUCAUCAGCGGUAGACUGAAAAAUGGCCGGCGGAGGAGACCACUCUCAUGGUGGAGAUUUCAGGACUAAGGUCUGGAGUAUGAGUGGUGGGCCGUACUGUAGGCCUGUACAUUGGAAGCGCAAUACCGCUAUUGCCCUCGUCGGAAUCGUACUCGUUUGCAUUCCUGUCGCCUUGAAAUCCGCCGAGCUCGAGCAAAGGCCACAUCUUCCAGUCCGCCCCAUUCCUUCUCAGCUCUGGUGCAAGAAUUUUGGAACGAAAGACUACUAAACUUGUUAGUAAAGCAGCAAUAGUAGCUUGCUGUGGGGAAGAUGAUCACCUUGCCUUCUAUAUUUGGAUUCUGAAGUGCAUUUCAUGGUUACUUUUUAUUCGAAACAGUGUGACAUUAUAAUGACAAUGUUCAGUUAAAUAAACAUGACAUUUACUGCGUGUUUUUCAAGAAAUGUUUAAGCCUGCCAAAACAAA